AUGCCGCCAACAAAAUACUACAAUCCAUCUCAUGGUCGUUCCUCAUCGAAUAGAAACUCGUCAUCAACACAGCAAACCACGCCCACAACACCAACACCUCCUUCGGGUGUUUCUAUCAUGAGUAAUAAAUCAUCAACAACAUUGGAUCCUCGUCUGGCUUCUAACGCUUCAGCAAUUAUCCCGCAACCUCGUCGUCGACGAUCAAGUGUGAGCAGAGAACAAUCUCCGCCCUCUGAUGAUGUUAGUAAUGAAAACAGCAAUAACAAUAAUCAACGUUCCACUGACGCAGCGUUCAGCCCCAACGAUGAUCAAAAACAAGUCGUGGACAUGAACGAUAUUGGUGAUAACUCGAGCCAUGACUAUGCGGCUAUUAAUACUUUUAAUACAACAUCUCCAAAUCAAUCUACUUCACAUCCUUCCUCGACCAACAACAACACCAAUAACCAUCCUUCAGCAAGGAAUCAACCUUUUGGCGGCUUUUACGGAACAUUGGCAGCAACCAAUAAGGACUCUCAUGCACCAUUGAGUCACUCCAACAAUAAUCAUUCUCACCAUCAUUCCAAUCACCAUACUUCUCAUCAUCAUCAUCAUCACUCUCAUUCAAACUCAUCUCAUCAAGUUAGCCAACAUCAAAGUAAUAUCACAGAUGAUGACUCGGACAUUCAAGCAGGACUAUCCACCAAUGCCAUCCAGAAAAUCUAUAACACUACUCUUCAAUUCAAUGCAGAAUCUAUUCUUGCUGCAGUGGACCAACUUCAAAAUCGCAGAGCAGAGCAAUUCCCUGACGAGACUGGUCGACUCAGAUAUUCCAUUAGGGAUGUUCUCGAUAUUGGGACUAGCAACCCAAUUUGCACUGAGAAACACCCUGACUUACCAGACUUGGAUUACAGAAAGCUGGAUUGGGGAAUUACUCAAGCUCCAUCCUCCUCAACACAGUCUUCUUCCAAACCUGUGUCAUCAUCAGAUCCUUUCAAACGCCCUCCAAGACAACACACCACUUCUGAGUCGGCUUCUAAUCCAUUCGGAUCCACAUCGAGAAGAGGUGCCAGUAGUCGUUCUCAAUCCGGAGGAGGUAUUGGUGGAAGAGAUAGUAGCGCAUUUGCACAAACUCUUUCCUCAUCGGCAUCAACAGGCAACAAUAGUAGAUAUGCCGCUCUUUCAUCAACAAGCGGCGGCAGCACAGUUGUGAGAACUGGAGGAGGAAAGGGAGCCAUUUGGUUUGACUCGAGUGCUUCCAAUGAUGAAUUGACAAACGAGGAACUUGAAAGAAAGAAGGCCUUUGAAGAAUUUAGAAAAACUCACCAAGCUACUACAGGAGCAGGCUCUUUCUUUGGAGAUUUGUCCAAUACUGAAGGAGAAGCUUUAGAAGAGGACUAUCAUACCUCUCUCGACGAAGAAACCUUUGGUACUGACUUGCAUGAAAUGAAGGAAUCAAGCAAUGCAAGCGAUUUGGAAAGCUACUUUUUCACUUUAAGCUCCCACCAAAAUGAGUAUGGUCAGAAAGAACAUUCACUUUCAGAGCUUGAGGACUCUUUUCUUAAUUUGCCAACUCCUUCAUCUUUAGCACCUUCAUCUCAAAAGAGAGACAAACCAUUGUUUGCAUUAGGAGACACAAAGACCGAUGCAGUUCCUCCGUUCGUUUCAGAAGAUCCUGUAAUUUCUACAAUGAUUAAGGGUACCAAAUCAGGAAAGUCAAGAUUUGGGUUUGGAUCAUUUGAUGAACAGCAGCUGCAGUCUAACAUCAGUCCUGCAUCUCUAUUAGACGAGCAUUUACCAUCAGGUCGUGCAAUGACAGCUCAACCACUGAAUGACAAUUCAUUUGCCUACCCUCAAUCUGCUCCAAACUUGCAAGGUCUCUUUACUACAGGUUCGUUAUCCUCUCAACAACAAGUGUCUCCACUUUUACGUCCCAUGAAUGCCAUUCCUGAGUUUUUAUUAACAGGAAAUGCACAGACAGGAGGCAGCAAGUUUUCUAGCAUUGAAAAGGGCAUUAAUGAAGAAGAAACGAAAACAGCACCUGCACAAUUUGAUCAAUUUGCAGUCAUAGACUCAGCCAACCAGGUUUCAAUGAUGAGUGCCGAAGAUUUAGAAAACCAAUUCUUGUUGUCCCUCAACGAUUCGAGCUCUCAACCAUUGAAGCAAGCGUCACCACCUUCGGAAUCGUCCAAAAUACCUGCUUUAUCAAAUCAAGGCAUUGAACAUUUAUUUAAGUCACUUUCCUCAACAGCUACAUUAUCUUCCACAGAUUCCUUUACAACUGCUCAAAACAAUGUUGAGCUUCCAUUAGCAACUACUGCCACUCCAAAAUUUGUGUCGCCAUUCCAGCAAUAUCAAGAACACAAAGAGAAGGCAGAAAAAAACAUCGAAGACAAUACUCAACCAGGAACUCCCUCCAAACAACCAACAGUUAAAGCAUCAACUCCAUCACAGUCAACAGCAACAGGCACUCAAAGAAAACUUUCCAAAACCUCUGCUAAUUCUCCAUUCGUACCUUCCCACCUCAUGAAAAAGAUGGGUACCAAUACCGAAAAGAAGAUUAAGCUUAAGGUAACACCAAGCCAAGCCACAACAACAACAUCCACUUCCAAUGCUCAAACAACAGUUAAAACUGGUCCACAAACAUCAUCAAAUCAGCCAGUCACUGCCUCUGAUGCUUCGACUAGUUCAAAUGCCGCAAUAACCCACAGUAACAUUCCACAACAACAAUCUUCACCUACUACAGAUACAAUUACUACUGCAUUACCAAGCACUACUACUUCAAGUCUUCCACAUUAUGCUUCGUCACAACAAAAUACUCAACCACAAAAUAUGAUUAACACCGCUCAACCACCAAACAUGCAAUCAAUGCAUCCUGUUAGCCCUUUGAUGGAUCAAAUGCAACCACAGCCUCGUAUGAUGCAUGACAAACGCUUUUUGUUCAACCCAAAUUCACCUUUUCCAAAUAAUCCUUCUGCAUUUAUCCCUCCCAUCAUGCAUCCUGGUUUUGUUCCUCCUCACCAGCCCUAUCCAAAUGCUGGUGGUAUGGGCUUUCCAAAUGUACCCCCAGGCUUUAUGCAAAAUACUGGCGUCAUGUAUCCAAACAUGUUUAUGCCAUCUCAAGAAAUGAUGUCAGUCGAAGACCUAGAGAAGGAAUUUCUUAAUCACAAGUAA